AUGAGCGCCGGAAGCGCCAGUUUCCUCGAGAUCCAGCCCUCGGAGCUGGCAUUUCCCUUUGAAUUGAUGAAGCAGAGCUCGUGCUCCAUGCAACUCACAAAUAAGACCGACCAUUAUGUAGCAUUCAAGGUCAAAACUACCAACCCAAAGCAGUACUGUGUGCGCCCUAAUAUUGGCGUUGUACUUCCUGGGUCGACUUGUGAUGUUACAGUUACAAUGCAAGCGCAGAGGGAAGCACCUCCUGAUCUGCAGUGUAAGGACAAGUUCCUAGUUCAAAGUGUUGCAGCUGAGAAUGGCGCAGAAACUCAAGAUAUUAGUGCAGCAAUGUUCAACAAAGAGCCAGGGAAGGUUGUUGAUGAAUGCAAGCUGCGUGUAAUUUAUGUGCCAACAUCUUCACCUAGCCCGUUCUCUGAAGAAUCAGAACAAGGGAGUUCUGCUCGUUCAUUGGAAAAUGGGACCCCUAAUUCUACAUUGCCACAAUCUGUAUUUAGAUCAUCUGGUGAAGCAUCAAAGGAGAAGUCCUCGGAGGUACCCUUUAUUUCUUUAUCUAACCUUUAUGGUUCCUAUGUAUUUGAUAUUAAUCAGUACCCUGAGGCAACAUCCAUGAUUUCCAAGCUAACUGAGGAGAAAAUGUCUGCUGUUCAGCAAAACCAGAAGUUGAGACAAGAGCUGGAUGUCCUACGCAAAGAGAGCAGCAAAAGCAACGGCGGUUUCUCAAUCACCUUCUUGAUCGUGGUUGGUAUUCUGGGCAUCAUCGCUGGUUUCAUCCUCAAGAAGACAUAG